AUGCUUAUACGACGGUUAUUAUCAACAACAAAAGACAAAUUUCAAUAUAAUCCCAAUUAUAAAUUUAAAUGUGGUUUAGAAAUUCAUACACAAUUAAAAACAAAAUAUAAAUUAUUUUCAUUAUCAGAAACAAGUUUUAAUGAUGAACCAAAUACCAAGAUAAGUUAUUUUGAUGUUGGAUUACCAGGAACUCAACCUAAAUUAAAUCCUGAAGCUUUAUUAUUAGCUUUGAAAGCUUCAAUUGCUCUAAAUUGUCAAAUUCAAACAUUUUCAAAAUUUGAUCGAAAACAUUAUUUUUAUCCAGAUCAACCUAUGGGUUAUCAAAUUACUCAACAAUAUUAUCCAAUUGCUAAAGAUGGUUAUCUUGAAUUGGAUCCUAAAUUAGAUGAAAUUGAAGGUAAAAUAGGAAUAGAAAGAAUUCAAUUAGAACAAGAUACUGGAAAAAAAUUUGGUGAUAUAAUAGAUUAUAAUAGAGCUAAUACUCCAUUAAUUGAAGUUAUAACAAAUCCUGAUUUUCAAAAUAUAGAUCAAGUAAUUGCAUUCAUAAAGAAAUAUCAAAUUUUAGUACGACAUUUUGAAAUAUGUAGUGGUGAUUUAGAAACUGGUGCAAUAAGAGUUGAUGUAAAUAUUAGUGUUAAUGAUAAUCCAAGAGUUGAAAUUAAAAAUUUAGGUACAACUGGUGAUAUAACAAAUGCUUUAAAAUAUGAAUAUAAUAGACAAGUUGAAGAACUUGAAAGAGGCAAGAAAAUUGUACAAGAAACUAAAAGUUGGGAUGGAUUUGUUACAAAGACUAGUAGAAGUAAAGAAAAUAUGCAUGAUUAUAGAUACGUACCUGAUUCAGAAAUACCAAAUGUUUAUUUAGAUGAAAGAAUAGGAGAUGAUAUUAAAGCUAUAUUACCUGAAUUUCCAGAUGAAAUAUUAAAUAGACUUAUUUCAUCACCAUAUAAUUUACAGUUACAACAUGCAAAAAAUUUAUUAAAUGAACCAGAACAUUUAAAUUACUAUGAAACGUUUUUCGAAAAAUUAAAUAAUCCUGAAAAAGCAAAUAAUUGGAUGUUUCAAGAAUUAAUUACUGCUUUUGCUAAAUUAGAUCAAGAAUUUGAUGUAAAUUCAAUAUCACCAGAUGAUUUAGUUAAAAUUGCAAAUUUGGAUUAUUCAUUAGUAACUAAGAGAUUAAUUUUAAAAGAGAUGAUAAAUUCUGGUCAUUCAAUUGAUAAUGUUAUAAAAUCAUUAAAUCUUGAUUCAGAAAUUCCAGACGUUAAUAAAAUCUGUGAACAAAUAAUAAGUCAAAAUCCAGAAGUAGUAACAAGAAUUCAAAAAGGACAUUCAAAUGCAAUUCAAGUAUUAAUAGGUCAAGCAAUGAAAAUUACAAAAGGUAAAAUAAAAGCAGAUGAAAUUAAAAAUAAAUUAAUGCAAUUAUUAAAAUAA